AUGUCUUCAGAAGAUCCCGCCAACGGGCAGAUAGACAGCGAGAAAGCACCAGGAUCUCAGGACCCGAAUACAACGAAACCGGGCAGUAGCUUGGGCUGGGCACCGGAUUUCCCAGAUGGGGGCGCGAGAGCCUGGUCAGUCGCCGCCAGUGCUGCAGGUUUAAUGUUCUGUUCCUUCGGAUACAUCAAUGCAUUCGGUGUAUACCAAGAAUAUUACCAGUAUCAUCAGCUGGCGAACCGAACGCCUGACGAAAUUUCUUGGUUGGGCUCAUUACAAGUGUUCUUCCUCUUUGCCGCUACUCUCAUUGGCGGUCCGUUAUUUGAUCGAUAUGGAUCAAAGGUGGUGUGGCCCAGUUCUAUCUUGUUCGUCUUUUCGGUGAUGAUGACCAGUCUGUGCAAGGAGUAUUACCAGUUCAUGCUCGCACAGGGCGUAUUGGAAGGCAUAGCUGCGGGGAUGCUGAUGGCCCCGGGCCUCGCAGCCGUCGGCCAUUACUUCCUCAAAAAUCGUGGUGCCGCCAUGGGGCUUGCCGUGGGUGGGUCGUCUGUGGGGGGAAUCAUCUUCCCAAUCGUGCUGACGCAGUUACUCGACAAUUCAUCGAUCGGAUUCGCGUGGAGCGUGCGGGCUUGUGGCUUUAUCAUCCUAGUGGUCAUCGUCCCGUCCACCCUCGCCUUACGCCCCCGGCUACCCCCGCGAAAGAAAAGGCUGAUCCUGUGGUCUGCAUUCCAGCAGCCCAGUUUUGUGGGACUAAUUGGCUGCAAUUUUCUCCUGACCAUGGGUCUCUUUAUUCCCAUGUUCUACCUCCCGAACUAUGCGAUCGAGCAUGGCAUGUCCCCGGCCAUGUCUCAGAAUCUAGUCGCGAUUUUGAAUGGAGCCUCAUUCUGCGGUCGAAUUAUAUUAGGUAUUCUUGCAGAUCGAUCUCUUGGACGCUUUACCGUCCUCGGUCUGGCGGGGCUAGCGACUGGGAUUAUCAGCUUCUGCUGGACGCGCGCAACCACGCCCGCAGCCAUCAUUGUCUAUUCGGCCAUCUACGGAUUUACCUCUGGUGCAGUCGUCUCGAUGCUAUCGGCGUGCUUCGCCCAGGUGACUCCGGAUCCGCGUAAUAUCGGGACUUACAUGGGGCUAGGAAUGUUCUGCGUGUCUUUUGGAGCCUUGAUCGGGACCCCGAUCAGUGGAGUUCUGGUAUCUCGGUAUGGUGGGUAUCUGCAGACCUCCAUCUUGAGUGGCGCGGUGAUUGUGAUAGGGGCCUUGUUGGUGGUGGUGGUGAAGCGACUGUGUGGGAAAGCGAUGAUUUCCAAGUUUUAA